GCACUUCAUGGACGGUUCAUUCAAGCCAUCCCCUACUCUGUGGGGUCAUUGCGGUUUGCCAGCUCAUUCAAGUUUAAUUGAAGUGCUUAAUUGGCUCCCAAGACCACCAUUAAUUUCCACUCCAAGCAUGCCCUUUCAUUACAAUAAAGAAAAUCAUUGUGUUCGGCCCUCGCUCUGUUCCUUUCCCCUCCUCGUCUGUCUGUCUGUCCGUCUGUCUCUUCUGCUCCGCCCGUCUUCCUCUCUCAGGCCGCAGACCUCACUAUCGAGCGCAACACUGCGGGGAAGCCCAAGCCAGACCCCGCCUCCCUGGUGUUUGGCAAGCAGUUUUCAGACCACAUGCUGACCAUCUAUUGGUCAGAGAAAGAGGGCUGGAAGGUUCCCCAGAUCAAGCCCUUUCAGAACCUGUCGCUGCACCCUGCCACCUCUGCCCUGCACUACUCCAUAGAGCUGUUUGAGGGCAUGAAGGCGUUCAGAGGGGUGGACAACCACAUCCGUCUGUUCAGACCCAACCUGAACAUGGAGAGGAUGCACCGCACAGCUGACCGCAGCUGUCUCCCUUUGUUUGAUAAGGUGGAGCUGUUGGAGUGCAUCAGGAAGCUGGUGGAGGUGGACCAGGAGUGGGUCCCCUACUCCCUAGAUGCCAGCCUCUACAUCAGACCCACCUACAUUGGGAUUGAGCCUUCCCUGGGUGUGUCGAGGGCCAGCCAAGCCCUACUAUUUUGCAUCGUGGGUCCUGUAGGGCCCUACUUUACCACAGGGGCCUUCAGCCCAGUCUCUCUGCUGGCAGACCCAAGCUAUGUCAGGGCCUGUAGAGGGGGGGUCGGAGCCUACAAGAUGGGGGGUAACUAUGGGCCGACUAUAUCAGUGCAGAAUGAGGCUAUAAAGCAGGGCUGUCAGCAGGUCCUGUGGCUGUAUGGAGAGCAGGAGGAGAUCACAGAGGUCGGCACUAUGAACCUCUUCAUCUACUGGACGAAUGAGGGAGGAGAGAGAGAGUUGCUGACUCCUCCUCUAGAUGGCAUCAUUCUCCCAGGAGUCACCAGACAGUCUCUGCUGGACCUGGCCAGAGAAUGGGGAGAGUUCAAAGUGACAGAGCGCACAAUGGGCAUGAAGGAGCUGCUCAGUGCUCUGGACUCAGGCAAGAUUACGGAGGUGUUUGGUGCUGGGACGGCCUGUGUCGUCUGUCCUGUCGGCAGCCUGCUCUACAAAGGGAAGACCUACCAAAUUCCUACAAUGCAGAAUGGUCCAGACCUGGCCAAGAGGUUCCACAAAGAGCUGACAGACAUGCAGUAUGGCCGGAAACAGAGUGAAUGGGCACCACUGGUCGUUUAAUUGGCAGUUUGCACAUGCCAAUCAUAUCGCGACCAGUCCCCCGCUCCAUCUUCAAGACCAGCAGCUUCAGCACAACCUUUAAUGCACUCCUUCUGAUAGGCUGGCUGACCGGCAGAGAUGAACAGGUCACGUCUGUUACUCUUGGUGAUUCUGCGGGGACUUGUAAAGGGAUAGGGUUAGUCUGUCAUUCAAAUGUUGCAACUUGCAUGGAAUACCGACAGUUACACAAUACUGUAUAAGUAAUGCUGCGAAACGGCCGCAGCUUCGGUUCAACCAACCUAGUCUUGUCUGUAUUAGGAACAAAGUCUUUUUCCUAUUCAGUCCUUUAUCAUGCUGUAGCACAGGUGACAGAAGAAAUCGUCCUCCAAGCUUUUUAAUAAACACUACAUGAGAUCGUCUAUAGGGUUGUCCAUGCUAUUAGGCACAACUGAUGUAUUGUUGUAAUAGUUUAAAUAUGUAAUACCCACAACUAUUGUAGGGGAUUACUGGUAAGUUAUAUUGCUCAUAUGCAAUAUAGGAUUAACUUUUUACAGGUACUUAAUAGGAACAAUUGAGUCUGUUAGACAUUUUCACUGGAUGACAUCAUAAGGAAUGUGUUGACUGUACUGUUAUUGUUAAGUGACUGUAGGAACACAUCAGAUCAAAACCACAUCACAGGAUUUGUUACUUUCUAAAUGUCACUAUAUAACCUGAGGAAGUACAAUAUGAUUUCAACAACAAAAAGUAUUUUUUGAAUAUAUAUAUAUCUAUCAGGCCAGGAAUACAAAUGGUUAUACAUACCAUAUUGACACCAGAGGUGCUUUUCAACAAUCUCCUAGAAAUGAGUUUACACUGACCUUAGUUUGAUGUGUGUGUCACUGAGCAGAAGAAAGUCAGUCAAGUGAUCGUGUGUGUCUUUCUGGAUUGGACAGAUACCACUAAGAAAGUGAUGUUGAAAAGAUUGAGAUUAAAAUUGACCUCUCUAAGUGAACUCAAGCAUGCACAAAGAGGUUAGCUAUAGCUACAUGAUAUACUUAAGCAAUAAGGCCUGAGUGGGUGAGGUAUAUGGCCAAUAUACCAUGGCUAAGGGCUGUUCAUAUGCGGAGUGCCUGGAUUCAGCCCUUAGUCGUGAUAUAUUGGCCAUAUACCAGAAACCCCCGUGGUGUCUUAUUAAGCAAUAAGGCACGAGGGAGUGUGGUAUAUGGACAAUAUACAUUUUACAUUUUAGUCAUUUAGCAGACGCGCUUAUCCAGAGCGACUUACAGUAGUGAGUAAAUAUUAUAUAUUUUUUUGUACUGGCCCCCCGUGGGAAUCGAACCCACAAUCCUGGCGUUGCACACACCAUGCUGGCGUUGCAAACACCAUGCUCUACCAACUGAGCCACAGGGAAGGCUGAGCAGAAGUAACGGCUAAGGGCUGUUCUUAGGCCUAAGCCGUGGAAUAUGGGCCAUAUACCACAAACCCGAGGUGCCUUAUUGCUAUCAUAAACUGGUUACCAACUUAAAUAGAGCAGUAAAAAUACAUGUUUUGUCAUACCCGUGGUAUACGGUCUGAUAUACCACGUCUGUCAGCCAACCCGUGGUAUACGGUCUGAUUUAUUGCUAUUAUAAACUGGUUACCAAUGUAAUUACAGCAGUAAAACUAGUCAUACGUCUGUUACCACAGCUGUCAGCCAACCAGUUUAUAAUGUAGACUUCAGAGUACGAGAGAGACCACGUUCAAUAGAUGUUAUAGACUGUCUGACUUCUCCACUAGGUUGUGUGUAAUCAUUAUGUAAACUUAAGGUAACAAUGAGUAGUUAUUUUUUGUCUGUGGGUUUUUCUUGUCGAUUGGAACAACCAUCUUCCCAAUUAUUAACUGUAUAUCCAGGUUUAUGUCCUCACCCUGCUGCUUUCCUUUCUAUUCAUGUAUUUGACUCUUUCAUAUCACUUGGUUCUCUCCAUUCCUCCCCAAGUGCCUGACCGGGUGUGUGGACUGUCGUUGUCCUGUGGAUCUAACUUGUUUUUAGUGGUUGCACUAGGCUAUCCUGCUAGAUCUUUGUGUUUUUGUUGUUUGACAUUGUUACUAGAUUUUUUACAAUAAACUCCAUCUGUGUUC